CAGAGACUGGACGCCUGCUCCUUUAGAGAGAGAGAGAGAGAGAGAGAGAGAGAGAGAGAGAGAGAGAGAGAGAGAGAGAGAGAGAGGAGAGAGAGAGAGAGAGAGAGAGAGAGAGAGAGAGAGAGAGAAAGAGAGCGAUAGAAAGGGAUUUCACAUCUGGACCAGAAUCUAGAUCAGGAACCCAACAGAGACAGUAAGGCCAUGUCCAGCUCCAUCAAGAGAAGACAAUCCAACAAGCAGGGCUUGCAGAACCUCAUAAGGGUGACAGCCCAACGCAGCCAAGAGGAUGCUGAGGAGGUGGAGCGCGAGCGCAGACGGAGAUCCAGGGAGCAGCCCAAGGAGCAGUGUGAGCAUGGAGACCAAGGGGGCAGGCCCACCUGGGGCCCGAGCCCUAACCCGCCACAGGACCCCACACCUCCAACAGCACAGUACGACGAGGAAGUGAAACCUCCUCAAAGCCGAUUGGUUCUGGAAGAGGAUGAGGGCUUUAGCGAUUGGACCCAAAGGUUGGAGAACCGUAAGGAAAGCCUACUGAGGCAGGAGCACAGCCGGAGGUCUGAAGAGAGCCGUUUCACUCACAAGCAGAAGCUCAAACACCAGGAGGAGGAAGAUAAAAAGGCGGAGGGGCCAGAGACCCGAGGCAGCAUCACGACUCCAGGAACUUCAAGAUACUCAGAGGAAAAGAUAUGUGACAGGAAAAAGGACAUUGUGAUAUCAUGCAGCUCCUCCGUCUUGAAUUUACCCCAGAAGGCGAGGAGCCUAGCGCCCAAGGUCCUGCCGAGGAACAUCAGCUCUCUUGAAUCAGAAACGACGAGGCCCUGCUCGCCCACUCACAGAGACCUGCACCUGGUGGAUGGAGAGGGGGCUGGGGCCUUCAAGGGUCUGGAUGAGGCCUGUCAAACACACAGGGACCGAGGGGAGCGGGUGGUGGGGGAGAGGAAACGCAGGAAGGCAGAGCAGCCGCACGAUAUGGCAGACCUCCAUUACAGCCUGGAUGAAAGAUGUCGGCUUCAGGAUGUGGAGGCGGAGAGUCACAUGACCAUACAGGAAGGAGAAUUGGGCAGUGAGGAGGGUGAUCAGCUGACGCAGACCUCACACAGUAACCAUGGAGACACGUUGGAGACAAACCCCUAUGGGCCCAUGGGCCCAACGUUUAAGAAACUUCUCAUUCGGUUUUAUCCCAAAACGGAGCCCUUAACUUGCUCGUUGAAUAAAAGCAUGAGAAGAACACUGUCACCUACAGCUGAUUCCAAGAUUGAUGACUACACACAUGAUUUCAAGAGCAAUGCUAAAACAGCUAAACCACCGGCCACAGAACUUGCCAAUCCCAGUGAGCCUGUUUCCUUCAAGAAAAACCUGUUCGAGGCUGGUGAUGCAUGGACCCAGAACUCGGUUAAGGUCACACUGUCCAAGGAUGCCGAAGGACUUAAAGUGGGCGUGGCUGACCUCAUCAACCAAUGGGUGAAGGCAAGCCCAGAUGGCACCAGAAGCAGUUCCCCAACCAAACCAGCACUGUUAAUGUUGUGGCCUUAACGGGUUUAGUUCAGGAUUUGGUCUUCUGUAAUCCUUUCUGGGGUUGGACAAGUGCCUUUCAGUGAUCCCCCGUAUUUACCUGGUACCGGUAAGCCUUGAUGUUUUUUCCCAGGUGCUGGAGCAUGAGCUCCACAACGCAACAUAAUGCACUCUCAAAAUAAUGCAGACAUUAAUUUAUUUACUUGUGAAUAUCUGGAAUACACUAUGUACAAACAAGAAUUAAUUUCAUAUUUUACCACGAGUUACUUCAGCACAAUUCUGGUCCGAAUACUUGUUUCUUCUUCUGCUGGGUUGUGCGCAGUGAUACAGGUAGCACUGAGAGUAACAACACAGAAUUUAUACAAACCUCCUGAGAUCAUUUUUGGGACAUGAGAAAGUGUCUCCACAACAGCUGGGAUUAUCAAUGAUUCAAGCCACAACCAGAGCUCAUCCACCAGAGAUGUCAAGCCUCCAAAAUUAGAUUAAUUUUGCAGCAUAGACACUCCCCAUCCGUUGCCAUACUUAGACAUGCUUCAAUGGAGUUACACUUACAGAUCUAUUACCGGAGUCGCAUCUACCCAAACCAAAUUGUAAGCCAUUUCAUCAUCCCUCUUUGCACAUCCUGGAUGAGUUCAUUCUCUUCAAAUUCAGGCUGGAACAAAUAGGGCACUGGAUCAGUGUCCAAGAAGGAAUAAUCAUCCACGAUUGUUCAAAUAAAAAACGUGCUUUCCUGCAAGCUUUUCUUAGGUGCUUCUAAUAAAUUGUGUUGCUAUUGUCGGUCUACCUGUAUUGUUGCACAAUGUCCAGAAGAAGAAGAGGUUAUUUGGAACAAAAUAGUACUGAAUUAACUGCUUGUUAAAUAAGAUGAAUUCUCUUUUUUUGGAACCUUGAAAUAGUGUUGCAUUAUCCUGAUUGUUUAUUAAGCUGAGUUGUUGGGCGUAGAGCUCUGGAACCUGUGAAUGUACAUCAGAGAGCUCAUGCUAGCUGGUACCGGGUACGAACGGGGAGAUCCCUGAACCCAUUGAUCAACCUUUAUUCUCCCCGGGAGGAAUCAAAAAAGGCGAAAAAGCAAGAAUCCUGAACUUACCCAGGUCCCAUAUUUAACCUGAUCUAUCCAGCACACAUUAAGGUGGACACGCCCACUUGUGAUGUCACUAGAGGCAUAUUUUCAAAACGGCUUGUAAUGGCGAUUCACACUCACACCUGGUAGUAUUAUAUGGGACCUUUAACAUUCCUUGCUGUCUAAUUCUCUUUUCCUCCUCACUUAAAUGAUACAUUUCUUCCUUAACUUUACAAUAACUCAGCUGAAAUUUG